AUGUCAGGGCGCGUCGUGCGCGUCAAAAUUGCAAGCAAGACGCGGUGUGGGAAGUAUCCUCCUUCCUCAGUCACUACCUCUCCAUCAUCAUCCCCUCAUCUGGUACCGCCCAAUGCUGCCUCAUUCUAUUACAAUGUCAACAAUCCCUCGUUCUCCUCGUCGUCUUCUUCCCUCCUGCUCUCGUCCGUUUUGCUGACGUGGACUGGGCGUUUGCGCAUGACGUUCGUAGUGUUGGGGACAGCGUGGUGGAGCUCUUACGUCCCAUCAUCUGCAAUAGCUUGGUGGUCGAGACUCGAACCUGGUUCGGACCCGAACCGAACCUCUCGAACGCGUUUGGUGACGACUAACAAUCGCGGUUUGCAGCCUGCUAUAGAUCACAUUCUGGAGAACGAAGGGAAGCCUAUUCCAGAUCCGAACGCUGCUGCUCCUACGAAUGCCAAGAGUAUCAAAUGCUCAGAAUGCGGCAAGGUGUUUAAGAACAUAGCGUUGGCUAAUUACCACGCCGAGAAGAGUGGACAUGAUCAGUUUGAGGAGUCUACGGAAGAGAUAAAGCCACUUACGGAGGAAGAGAAGCGGCAGAAGUUGGCUGACCUCAGAGAAAAAAUAGCUGCAAAGCGCAGCGUAAAGUCUCAACAAGAAGCCGAGGAAGCACGUGCGAAUGAAGCUAUUCGCCGCAAGUCUGGCAAGGACAUCAGCAAACUGAAAGAUGAGCUGAAGGCCGAAGAGCUCGUGAAAGAAGAGAAGCUUGAGGAUGCCAGAGCCAAGACCGCGGUAAAGGCCCAGAUCGAGGUUGAUAAGAAAGCCCGUGCAGAAAAGGCUGCAAGGGAGAAAGCUUUACGUGACGGCCAAUGCGUUGACGACUCCAGCAGUAAGAGCGCCUUCGUCCAGCGGCACAAGUGGAAAGGACUUCAAAGACACUCGUCUCCAAAUCCGUAUGGCAAGUGGAGGAACGCCUUACACGACCACCUUGCCGAGUGAUGCAAGUAUGUCUCAUCGCUUCCCUGCAUACACGAACGUCUUGUGAACUGAUGACACGGCACAUAUUGGUUUCCAGGUCCUUACUGCGCCCUAACGCGAUAUAUCGGCUGUGACUUGGAAUAAUUGGGAUCCUUUUGGAAUGGAAACCUAGCAGGAACGAAGC